AAAUUGCUAUUGAGGAAUAUUAUGAUGAGAUUACGAAUAUAUCUGGCGAACCGUGGCUCAACUAUUCCUGCCAGCAUAUAGAGGUGUCAACUCAUUUCAUGAAAAAUAUCCUGGAGCCGGGCAUCUGUGGCUGUGGAAUUUUGGGAAUCAUCCUCACCAUGUUUGUUCUCAGUCGGAAAACGAUGUGCACGUCGACCAACUGUUACCUGACAGGCCUAGCUGUGGCGGAUCUAUUGUUCCUUCUGAUACUGUCGUCGCAGAUCUUUGUCAACAGAACCGAGGACUGCAAUUUUCACCUCGGAAGCAAGGCUGCUUUGUUUCAGCAGUAUUCCAUUAUCUUCAUGGAUAUCUUCCAAUACCUAACUGUGGGGAUAACGGUCAUGCUGGCCGUAGAGCGGUACAUUGCCAUCUGUCAUCCAAUGAGAGCGAUGACCAUUUGUACUGUCAAGAGAGCCCGUAUUAUCAUCAUCGUGUUGACUGUGGUUGCCUUUAUCCUGCGAUCCCCCAAGUUCGCAGAGAUGGACAUCAUAUACGUGACAGCAGAGAGCGAGGAGGAAGAAACUAUGAUUGUCACUAACGUCUACGUGUAUGAUGAGGCUAUUUACACAUACAUCGUUACUGGAGUUCUUCUGACCUUCGUGCCUCUACUAGCCCUCUUGGUGCUCAACGUCCGCCUCAUCAUGGAGAUCCGAAAGUCUUCAAGAUAUCUUCAGUACCACUUGGGGAUUGAUUGGCACGUCCGGUCAGUUGUGUCACGGGAAGAGCUGAAGAUGACGAUGAUGCUGGUCAGCGUCAUUGUGGCUUUCUUUGUUUGUUACACUCCCUACAUGAUUUACACAUUUUUCAUGGCAGUGAAGAAAUUUGACACAUCCGAGGACCCGUCCUUGACCAAAACUGAUUUCUGGAAGCAUUUCAAGUACACAUGUAAUGUCCUGCUAGCGCUGAAGUCCUCCUGCAACUUUGUCCUCUACUGCUGGUUCUCUGAAAAGUUUUGGAUUACCUUCAAGAGGAUUUUCUGCCUUUCUGUUUGCCCGCCGAAACAGUCAGUAAUUCAGAACAGUGAAUGUAGGACUCACAGCCAGAACUACAUCAAUCGUCUGUCCUCCUAUGCGACAAAGAAGACAUCGUGCUAA